AUGGAGGCCGACCGUUAUAUGGGCUAUCACCAAGCCCCAAUUUUCAACUGGGACAGCGUAGCCUAUGACGCAGCAUCCGGCUACGAAUUUGUACCUCUCCUUCACUCCAUUCAAGAAGAUCACCUCCUGGGCUGGAUCGAAGACGUGGACAGAGCUAUUCGAGCAGGGACAAACCACGUUAUGAGCUUCAACGAACCCGAUCUAUGCGGCUCCGGAGGCUCCUGCAUGACCGAUAUCAGUCGCACCGUCGCCGCAUACCAGACGUACAUACAUGCACUCUCCGCUCGUUAUCCUGAGCUCCAACUCGGCGCACCCGCAGUAACCAAUGGACCUGAAUUCGACCGCAGCCUGUCCUGGCUUUCAAACUUCUUGCGCGCCUGUGGCGGAUGUAAGGUUGACUUUAUCGCUAUCCAUUGGUAUGAUUCGGCCACGAACUUUGCGUACUUCAAGAAGCAUGUUCAAGACGCGCAUACUGUGAGCGGUGGGAGACCGGUGUGGAUCACCGAGUUCAAGCCAAGCGGGAGCGAGGCCCAAGUUAUCGAGUUCCUAAGAGUCGCACUGCCCUGGUUGGACGGGCAGUGGUAUGUGGAACAGUACGCCAUGCAAUGGGUUGCGAGAGGAGAGCUUGUGGAUGCUACAGGCACGGCUUUGACAGCUGUUGGGAACGCUUACAAUAUUAUUUAGGGACAGGCAACAGCUUGAUCUGAAUGGCAUAGCCUUCGGUUGAUUCCGAGCGCUUGCGGAUACUCGGGCAGCUCCUACGGAGAGGGCCCGUCGAUGUCCAAGGCCAAGUUGCAUUUUCAAUAAUUGAUUACCCUCCAUCAGUCUCCGCGCCUCUACCGUCCUCAUCGAAAUUGGCCUGUCGGGCAGACUCCGAUUGGGCAUCACCCUGGCCACAACCCCUCACCGGCAUAUUCUGUACCUAGGUACUCCAAUAGCCCUUCCAACGAUGAACAUAACUACAUCGCGCGACGCUUUCAGGCUGGGAACGUGCAGUAGAUACCGUUAGCUAGGCUCUUCAAACGUUGCAGGGACCGUAUGGUUGCAGUCGCAGACGACGGCGAAGCUGCGACGCGUAACCAUCGAUGGCAUGACGGUGCGGUAUGCCCUUACCCCCCUUCCAGAAGGGUUCCCCGCAUACAUUAUUUAUUUCCAUUUUCUCCACGAGAAUGUUUUCUUAG